UGAAAUUGAAAAAUAAAUUAUUGCAUAAUUUGAUCUUUGGUUACUUGUGAUACUUUGGUUAUUUAUAAUUCUGUUGAAAGGUAUAUUAUUUCUUAAUAAGUGUAGAGUUAUCUUCAGAAAUGGAAAAUUCAAAUAAUUCUGACAGUAACCCCCUGCCAGCAGCAGCAACACAUGUCAGGAAGUCGGUCAGUGUGGACACGUCCGCUAGUGUCGAAGAUACAAGUCUUCCAGGAGGGGAUAAACAGGAAGAAGAGGAGCAAAGUAUAGAAGACCUAAUCAUAGACGUAGAAUGUGAGGAACUGGACCUGAACCACCGGCGGAUAGCAAAGAUAGAGGACCUGGAACCUCUGAGGUGUCUGGAGCGGCUUUACCUACGGUGGAACCUCAUCAAGCGGAUCGAGAACUUGUCAACAGUGACGACUCUACGAGAGCUGGAGUUGUAUGACAACCAGAUCACUGUCAUAGAGAACCUAGAUGCUCUCGUCAACCUGGAAAUUUUAGAUUUAUCGUUCAACCGUAUCAAAGAGAUUGGUGGUCUGGAGAAACUGGAGAACUUAGAAAAGUUAUACUUAUGCUCAAAUAAAAUAUCCAAAAUAGAAAAUGUCAACCACCUGAAAAAGCUUAGGCUUCUUGAGUUAGGCGAUAACAAAAUUAGGGUUGUUGAAAACUUACAGGGACUAGAUGAACUAGAAAAUUUGUACCUAGGAAAAAAUAAAAUAACCAAAAUUGAAAAUGUGGACACACUAAAAAAGCUCACAAUUGUAAGCUUUCAGGUAAGUUCAUGCAGUAGUUGUUUAUAGUUAAAAUGUUUUCUUUUCUCAAUGG